AUGGCCGUAGUAGCUCAUCCAGUCCCGCGGGUCCCGGACGGUCGUCUAUUAGACGCCAAGUCCUCAGACAUCAAAUUCUCAGACCCCUUAACCUUCAGUUACGGGCCAAGACAAACUAGCCCGUUCCGUACUAUCACCUCUGCCUUUUUCCACCAUGCAAAAGUGCAGCCUGAGGCCAUCGCCGGCCGAGACUGGUCACGGUCCACCCUCCGCACUAUCACGUAUGGGGAUCUCGCAUCGCGAAGUCGACGACUGGCUGUUCGUCUACGGACAUUGGGCGUCCAGCCAGGAGAUCGCGUACCACUGGUCGCCAAGCGGAGUAUUGAGAUGCUAGUGGGCAUCAUCGCCAUCCUUUCUUGCGGUGCUCAAUAUGUACCUUUGGAUGGCGGUGUCGUGCCCGAAGCGACACUUCGCUUUGUGCUGGCGCAAAGCGGGUGCAACAUAGCUCUUUGCCUAGCAUCUACCGAGUACCGGCUUGUCAAUCUUGACAAUGGCGCAUGUAAGCCUGUGGUCAUAGAUGAAGCCGACGACGAACUCGCCCAGAUGGAGAAAAGCUACCCCUUUGAUGAGAGCUUCGUUGAUCUUGCCAGACACGAUUUGGGCUGUUAUGUCAUUUACACUUCUGGCACAACGGGAACCCCCAAGGGGGUAGAUGUUACACAUGAGAAUGUGACCAAUCUUAUCUGCUUGUCUCCGGGCAAUCUCGGCAUCACGCCUGGAACCAAAGUUGGAUCGGUUCUCAACAUCAGCUUUGAUAUGGGAGCGUGGGAGAUCCUAGCCUGUCUAUGUAACGGGGGCACUCUGGUGAUGCGGGGCUCAGAUUGGGAUCAGGCCCUGCGUGAAAUCAGCGUGCUCAUCUGUACGCCCAGCAUCCUCGCCAAGUACACCCCGACCACGUAUCCCAAUAUCAAGGUCGUUGCCACCGCUGGAGAACCAAGUGGGCAGAGAAUAGCAGACCUAUGGGCCUCGCACGGAACAUACUACAAUUGCUGUGGUCCUACGGAGACCACCAUUGUGAAUACCAUGCACCAGCACAUUCCUGGCGGCCCGUUGACCAUCGGCGCGCCGACUCCAAACAACUCAGUGUACGUGCUCGAUGAGGACCUGAUGCCUGUCCCAAUAGGGCAGCCAGGUGUUAUGUGGGCUGGCGGCCUUGGUAUCACAAGGGGCUAUGUUGGACUUCCAGAGACGACUGCAGCCCGCUACAAGCUGGACGUCUUCGCGAAUGACGGCAGUAUGAUGUACAACACAGGUGAUCUUGGGAGAUGGACACCGAACGGUGUUCUAGACAUCCUGGGCCGUGUCGAUGAUCAAGUAAAGGUCAAAGGCUUUCGGGUCGAGCUUGACGGGGUAUCCGCGUCUAUCAACAGAUGUGCUGGUGUGACUCGCGCCACUGCAUUGCUGGUAAACGGCGAGAUCCAUGGCUUUCUUGAACCCCCGAACGUCAGCCUCAGUGCUCUCAAGCAACACAUGGCGCUGCAGCAGCCUUACUACGCCGUGCCCAGCCACUUCCAUCUUCUGGAAGCACUGCCUGAGACGAGUAAUGGCAAGCUCGACAAGAAGAUGCUCCGUGCCAUUGGUGAAAGCGCGACUGCUGAGAAACGCCUUAUGCCAAGUGCCUCUAAUGGCAGCAUGUCAACAGCUGGCUCCGACACCUCUGAUGAGAGCCUCAAACCUUCUCGCAGCAUCAGCGACAGUGACAUUGAAAGCGAGAAACCCGAUCUUGCGGCAGCGAUUCCGGAGAAGCUCUUGCAGAAGCCCUAUAGGGGCCUUGUUUAUCGCAUCUUCAUUGUCUAUCGCUUCCUUUUCUCCGUCGUCGGCCUUGGCAACCUCGCCGCAUUGGCUGCCAUUCUCGUUACAGGAACCAACCGUCAGUGGCUGGGUACGAUGACGGCCAUCAACCUUGUGCUGGCUGUCUUGAUCCGCCAGGACUUCGUCAUCAACGCUCUGUAUACCAUCUGUUGCUCGGUGCCCAAGUCAUGGCCGCUGGGCAUUCGGCAAAAGUGUGCCAAGAUCUACCACUUGGGUGGUGUGCACUCAAGUGCUGCUGUAUGCGCCGGUAUGUGGCUGCUCGUGUCUAACAUCGCCAGCGUCGCCUGCCAAGUCGCGCCCGACACCUGCAGUGCGACAGAGCCCCGUCCGUCGAUUGCUUCAGCCGUCGUCUCCUGGAUCCUCACCGGGCUUUUCUUUGUCAUGUUUGGAUUCGCCUGGCCACCAAUCAGGAAGCGCAACCACGACAUUUUUGAGCGAGUCCACCGGUUUGUUGGCUGGACCAUGCUGGGGUUGUUCUGGGUUCAAGUCGUGCUCUCCAUCAACGAUGCCAGGCCAAGCCAGCAAACCCUUGGCGCCGCAUGCCUACGUUCACCUUCAUUCUGGUUGCUUGCCGUUGCGACAUGCAGCAUCGCCAUGUCCUGGCUCUUCCUCCGCAAGGUCCGUGUCGAAUCUGAGGUUCUGUCCCCACACGCCGUGCGCCUACAUUUCGACUACACCGUUCCUGUGAACGGAAGCUUCACUCGCUUAUCUCGGAGACCUCUCCUCGAGUGGCACUCUUUUGCCACCAUCCCAGCUCCUCAGGCCGUCAACGGUAGACCCAAGGGCUAUUCGCUAGUAGUCUCGAAUGCGGGUGACUGGACGAAGGAUUGCAUCCAGAACCCGCCUACCCACCUCUGGAUUCGCAGCGUGCCUACCUGUGGCGUAAUGCGCAUCGCAACUCUCUUCAACCGCGUUGUUCUUAUUGCCACCGGCUCCGGUAUUGGACCAAUGUUGGGCCACAUCCAGAGCCCUAGUUGUCCGUCACAGUUGAUCUGGUCAACUCCGAAUCCGGAGAAAACAUUCGGCCGGCCUCUGAUAGAUGCCAUCCACGACAAAAUCUCAAAUGCUGUCAUUCACGAUACCAAGCUCUUGGGCAGGCCCGAUCUUGUCAAAAUGGGAUACAAUAUGGCUAAAAGCUUUGGUGCUGACGCAGUAAUUAUUAUUGCAAAUGAGAAGAUUACCAAAAAGGUGGUUUAUGGGCUCGAAACCAGAGGAGUAGCGGCAUAUGGGGCUAUUUGGGAUAGUUGA